GGGGAUGAGAAAUUUCUUCUCUUUUCUUUUUAAUUCUUCUUGCACUUGAAUUUGGGGUCAUUUUGCUUGUCUGGUGAUUCAAAGUUAUGGAAAAUGUUAAUGAAAUUUCAUUUUCCCUCAACUUUGCUUCCUCUUCUCAUGUACCAAAUGGUUCUAGUAGUUACAAUCUCCUAGCCCCCAGAGCCACAGGUAUAGAACCUGUAGCAAGUAUUGAAAAUUUGAGGCUUAGCAAGCUCUGUGUCAAUCUUGGAAAGUUAUUAAUUGACUCAGAGUAUGAUUACACUGAUGCUGAGAUUGUAGUUGGGGGCAUCCCUGUAGGUGUUCAUCGUUGUAUUUUAGCUUCACAGAGCCAUUUCUUUCAUGAUCUUUUCAAGAAGGGGACUGGAAAUAACAAUAGCUCUGUGAAAGAAGGGAAACCAAGGUAUCUGAUGUCUGAGCUGCUGCCUCAUGGUUGGGUCGGAUAUGAAGCCUUCAGUGUAUUUUUAUACUAUAUGUAUACUGCGGAGCUUAAGCCACCCCCACCUGAAGUAUCAACUUGUGUGGAUGACAACUGUGUCCAUGAUGCGUGCGGUCCUGCUAUCAAUUAUUUCCUGGAAUUGAUGUAUGCUUCUGCCACUUUUCAAAUGAAAGAUCUACUUUUGCUUGUUGAGAGGCAUCUUUUCAACCUUGUCGAAAUGGCUCUUGCAGAAGAUGUAAUCCCAAUUCUCGUGGCUGCCUUCCACUGUCAGCUUAAGCAGCUUCUCUUUCGUUGCAAUCAAAGAGUAGCAUGGUCAGAUCUUGAUAAUAUUUGUUUAGAGAAAGAGCUUCCAUAUGAAGUUUUUAGUGAAAUUAAAUCAAUGCGUUACAGCUCUCAAGAAGUGGCCGAGCCUUGUUUAUUUGAUGCAGAAAAAAUCAGGAAAAUUCACAAGGCACUGGAUUCUGAUGAUGUUGCAUUGUUGAAGCUUCUUUUGAGUGAAUCUAAUGUCUCGUUGGAUGAUGCAUAUGCACUCCACUAUGCUGCUGCCUACUGUGAUCCUAAGGUUGUUAAGGGGGUGUUAAAUCUUGGUUUGGCUAAUCUCAAUCUCAGAAACUCCAGAGGGCAUACAGUGCUUCAUGUAGCUGCAAGGCGCAAGGAGCUAUCUGUGUUGGUGGCACUGUUGACUAAAGGAGCCUGUGUAUCUGAAGCAACACCCGAUGGCCAAAAUGCUUUGUCCAUUUGUCGGAGAUUAAUUAGUCCCAAGGAUUAUAACGACAACCGGAGGGGAUCCAACAAAAAUGGGUUAUGCAUUGAUGUCUUGGAAAGGGAGAUGACAAAUUCAAUUUCUGGGAAUUCUUCAAUCUCAUCAGAGGUGAUAGCCAAGAAGUUGAACACGAAACUGGAUUACUUGGAAGACAGAGUUGCAUUUGCACGGCUGCUGUUUCCUGCUGAAGCCAAGGUAGCUAUGGACGCUACAGGUGCAGAAUUAAGCACGAUCUUUUACGCCAGCCUUGAAUUAUCAAGAUCAGAAGGCUUAAGUGGGAACUUAGGAGAAGUUAACAUGAGUAAGACACCCUCGGUGCAAACUGAAAGACUAAAACUGAGACUGCAAACCCUAAUUGAAACAGUUGAAACGGGUAAACGCUACUUCCCUCAUUGCUCAGAAGUGAUUGAUAAGUUUUUGGAAGAUUAUCAACAUGAUGAUAUACUCCUUGAGAAAGGCACUCUGGAGGAGCAAAAUAUCAAGAAAAGGCGCUUCCAGGAACUGAAAGAGGAAGUGCAGAUGGCCUUUUACAAGGACAUAGAACAGAAUAAUAGGUCAUCGUCUUCAUCAUCUACUUCUCAAAAAGAGGCUCGUGUGGCUCACAAGGGUAGGAGGAAAUGAUAUUUAGGAGAAAACUAGGUCUAGUUUGUCUCAUCAUGACUAUCUACUUGUACUUGUCAAGACUCGUGUUCAAACUCUUAUGUUGGAAGAAAACCAUAGCAAAUUCUAGCUGUUCGCAUAUCUUCCUGCACUGGUCAUAAUAGUGUGGCCACUUAACCCAUGUUCUCCUGGGGCUGUAGGAUUAUUUUAUAAUUUCACGAUUAAGCUUCAAAUUUCCGCUGCAAUAUUGCUUUGGGGCAAAGGCCAUCUUUUAACUGCAAAACUGUGAAUAAUAAUAACAAGGAUUUCUU